AGCGGAGGAGGAAAAGAAAUAGAAAAAACAAAGUAGAAGAAGAAGGAGUAGAAGUAGAAGCAGAAGAAGAAGAAGAAGAAGAAUUAAGAAUAAUAAUAAAAAGAAAGACGACGACGACGACGACGGUGGCCGUCGCCCGGCCCGCAAUAAUGCCGCACGUCAGCAGCAGCGGCGGCGGCGACGAUCUCGGUAGCGAGGACGAGGUCAAGGUUUUCAAGGAUGAGGGUGAGGACGAGAAGAGGUCCUCGGAAAACCUCACCGAAGAGAAGAGCUCCCUCAUCGACCUUACGGAGUCUGAGGAAAAGGGCUCGCUCGCCGCUGGGAGCUACGCUACGACGGGCAAGACGUCGGCCAGGUCCGACCUCAGUCCCGUUUUUGGAAAGGUGGAUCCAACGCCUCACACCUCGUCGUUCAACAUGGGCUACCUCGUUUCACCGUACCCUUACCCAAAUGGCGCUGGUGGUCCAAUUCCCGUAUCUAUGAAGGGAUCUCGAGCAACGUGACGAAGGCAUCGCCGUCACCCC